CUCUACUGUAUAUCUAUUAAACCGAAGACUGUUUUCUCGUUAAUAAUGCAUCUUAUCUUGCUGACAGUAAAAUAUAUAUACACUCUAUUAUUGAGGACAUGAAUAGUGCCAUCAUUCUGGAAAAUAUUCAUUUUGAAUUUUCAGCCAUACUGAUUAGCUUGAAGUUAUUUGAGAAGGUAAAAUAAAUGUAUAAGCUGCAGUUGGUUUUAUUGCUUUCCAUUUAUUUCUAAUGUUAUUUCUAGUCAUACACGUUAUGUUUUCAGAGCUUAUUCUAGAGUUCCGUUUGAUAUUUUGGAAUGCAAUUAAUUAAAGAAUGACAGAACGAGUAAUUUUAGGAACUUUCUAAUUGACAUCAUUGCCCAUUUUCGUUAGGAGCUGGUCAGCUCGUUGAAGCAGAGGAAAGAAAACAGGAUAGAUUCAGUUAUCGUUUAGCUUAGUUCUAACAACUGUAGUCCUGUAUUGUGACCAACGCUAAUAUUUUACCAAUAAUAUAUGAAUAAAUUAACAGAUGGAUUGAAAUACAGUGUCUGCAGUGAUUUACGAAGUCUUAUUAUGUACAAAAUAUGCAAAUUUGGGUAAUGAAGACGAAACAUGAGUGAUUCUUUAGAGCCUGACUACUUAAAUCAAGUCAAUAUGACAGCCUGGUUGUUGGCAACGAUGAGAUCUCAGGGCGUGUCAUUAAACAAUAGUAGCUGGUCAGCAGAGAAUAUUGACGAUUCAAGUUCAAUAUUGAUGGCUUCUAACGUCACUACUAAACCAGAAUUACACAUACAUCGUCCUCUUCUAGCUGUAUUAUUAGCAUUCUUCUGUGUUGUUACAGUUUUCGGUAAUGUUUUAGUAAUGGUUGCAGUAGCCAGAGAACAAUAUCUCCAUACUGUUACUAACUAUUUCAUCGCUUCUUUGGCAACUGCCGAUUGUCUAGUUGGUGCAUUAGUAAUGCCAUUUAGCGCAGUUCACGAAGUUAUGGAAAAGGUAUGGAUAUUCGGACAGGACUGGUGUGAUACAUGGCAUUCUUUGGAUGUCUUGGCCAGCACAGCAUCUAUACUUAAUUUAUGCGUUAUAUCUUUAGAUAGAUAUUGGGCCAUAACAGAUCCAAUCACGUAUCCGAGUAGAAUGACGCCGAUGAAAGCUGGCAUUUUAAUAGCCUUAGUAUGGAUGUGUUCCGCUUUAAUUUCAUUUCCAGCAAUAGCUUGGUGGAGAGCAAUGUCUAAAGAGGAUCCACCACCUUAUGAAUGUCUCUUUACCGACGAUGUCGGAUAUCUAGUCUUCUCGUCUACGAUUUCUUUUUACGGACCACUUACUGUGAUGGUAUUUACUUAUUUUAAGAUCUAUAGAGCAGCUGUUGAGCAAACUCGAAGUCUUAAAGUUGGCUGCAAGCAAGUACAAGCAAUGAAUGGUAAUCACAAAACACCUCUAACAUUGCGAAUGCACAGAGGAGGUAUGUUUCAAAGUGGAUCAUAUCGUUCGAUUUACUCUACUGUUAGUAAUGGUCACGAUAAUGGAUACGAAAGAGGAACUUCUUUUAAAUUUACAAAUAAAAACCUCAAAAGUUUUUCUCUUAGUAGGAAACUUUCCAAACUUGCCAAAGAACGAAAAGCAGCAAAGACUUUAGGUAUUGUUAUGGGUGUUUUUAUAUUAUGCUGGUUACCUUUCUUCGUUACAAAUGUACUCAUCGGAAUAUGUGGCGAGAAAUGCAUAGUAAAACCAGACCUAGUGUUAUCAAUAGUGACGUGGCUAGGAUGGUUAAAUUCCGGUAUGAAUCCAGUCAUUUAUGCCUGUUGGAGUAGAGAUUUUAGAAGAGCAUUUACGAAAUUUCUUUGUUUUUGUUUUCCUCGUUAUAUCAGAAAGAAACGUUCUUAUAGGACUAGAUUGAGAAGAACAUUAAAAGAAGACAUAGGAAUGGCGAGUAUGAAGUCUUCCGCUACUGAAGAAGUGCAUUUAUAAUUUAUCAUUAUGUUACUAAAUAUUUAUAAAAUUUGUACAGUUAAU